GAAGACGAAGAAGAAGACGAAGAAGAAGACGAAGAAGAAGACGAAGAAGAAGACGAAGAAGAAGACGAAGAAGAAGAUGAAGAAGAAGAAGAAGAAGAAGAAGAAGAAGAAGAUGGUGAUCACUUCUCUGUUAUCAGUUUCCUGUCUUUAUAUAGUAGAUAG